AUGGACAAGAGUUGGAUUGCAUUGGGUAAGACACCUGAUGGAAGGAUGAGUCAGCCAUUUAUUGAUGGGGUGACAUCAUUUAUCAAAUUUGCAAUGGCAGUUGUUGACCAGGAAGGUGGUAUUGAUGCCUUAGUGGAAGAUCGAAUAAGAGGAGAACCCAACGAUGCACCCCAGAAUGAGGAAGUACAAACGUUUGAUAAACUAUUGAAUGAUGCCAAACGUGAGGUGUACUUAGGUUGCACAAACUACACUCUGUUGAAGUUUGUCAUCGAGCUGCUUAAUAUGAAGGUAACAAACCACUGGAGCAAUAAGUCGGUUAACACACUAUUGGAGUUUUUAACAAAACUUUUACCAAAAGAUAAUUUGGUUCCAAAGUCAUUUUAUGAAGCUAAGAAAAUACUUCGAGAUUUGGGCUUGUCAUAUGAGUUAAUUGAUGCUUGUAUAAAUGAUUGUGUACUCUUUUGGAAGGAAAAUGCAAGGUUAGAUAAAUGUCCAAAAUGUAAGGCAUCCAGAUACAAGAUCAAUCGUGGCAGGGGUAAGAAGAUUCCCCAUAAGGUGUUGCGGUACUUCCCAUUAACACCAAGGUUGAAAAGAUUGUACAUGUCAAGAAAGACUGCUGAGGACAUGAGAUGGCACAAGGAGAAACGUAUAGAUGACGGAGUAUUGAGACAUCCCGCCGAUAGUGAUGAAUGGAAGGAAUUUGAUGUGCAACAUCCUCAGUUUGCCCUGGAGCCUCGAAAUGUAAGGCUAGGGUUGGCUGUUGAUGGGUUCAAUCCUUUCGGGAACAUGAGCAACUCGUAUAGUUUAUGGCCUGUAGUACUCAUUCCUUAUAACUUGCCACCUUGGUUGGUUAUGAAAGAUCCCUUUCUUAUGAUGUCACUACUUAUUCCUGGAGAAUCACAACCAGGGAUCGAUAUUGAUGUCUACAUGAGACCUCUGGUGGAUGAGUUGAAUGAGUUGUGGGAAAAUGGUGCAUUAUCUUACGAUGCCGUAACUGGUGAGUCUUUCCAGAUGCGUGCAGCUUUGAUGUGGACUAUACACGAUUGGCCCGCAUUUGGUGACAUAUCUGGGUGGAGAACAAAGGGUCAUUAUUCUUGCUACACUUGCAAUGAUGAACCAUAUUUUCAAUCCUUGAAAGGUAAGACUGCAUACACUAACCAUCGAUGCUACUUGCCUCAAAACCACCCCGAAAGGCGAAAGAGUAAGGCUUACAAUGGUAAGCAUGAGAAGCAAAAGAGAUCUUUAAAGUUACCAGUGGAAAAGAUAUUAGAGCAAUUGGACAGAGUGACAGGUGUCACAUAUGAGAAGCAUCCAAGAAACAAGAAAAGACUCCGUCAGGCACCAAAUUGGACAAAGGUAAGCAUCUUGUAUGAGUUACCAUACUGGAAGAAACGGAAGCUUCGACACAACAUUGAUGUUAUGCACGUCGAGAAGAAUUUUAGUGAAAAUACUUUUGGAACUAUGUUAGGCAUUGAUGGAAAGAACAAAGACACCGACAAAGCACGGAUGGACUUGGAAGAUAUGGGUAUAAGGAAAGAGUUGUGGUUAACACGUCGUCCUGAUGGAACUUAUGUCAAACCUAGGGCAAUCUUUUCAUUGACCCCUGAAGAGAGGGAGGGUUUUUUUGAAUUCUUGAAAUCAGUGAAGUAUCCGGAUGGCUAUGCUGCAAACAUAUCAAGAUCAGUGAAUGCGAGAAAUGUGCAUAAUCGACCCGAACGAAAUCAAGAUCGUGGCGAACGUCACAAAGGGUUAAUUGUAUUCACAGAAAUUGCCCGUCCUAUUGGCCUAAUCACAAGGGAUGCUGAUAUGUCACAAGAAUAUCGUGAUAUGGCUCAUUGGUUCUUGUUGAACAAUAGCCCCGAGAUAGAGAAGUAUCUAGAGAUACACAAAAAUCUAUUACGGACUCCAUCUGACCAAGGCAUAACCCGUAUACAACAACAAGAGUUUCCCAAGUGGUUCAAAGAGCGGAUAAAUAUAUUGAGAGAAGAAAAGUCACCAGAAGCACCCAAUGAUUUAUGGUCGUUAGCAAAUGGCCCAAAUUUACUAGUAAAAGAGUACUCAGGUUGCAUAAUCAAUAGCGUACGGUUUCGUACAAGAGAAGUAGACAAUCGCCGUAACAGUCAGAAUAGUGGUGUGCUUACGGAAGGGGAUCAUGAGGGAGUGACGCAUGAAUUUUAUGGUCACUUGUGCAAUGUUUGGGAAUUGGAGUACAUGUGUCAUAACAAAGUUGUAUUGUUCCAGUGUGAAUGGUACAACACAGGAAAUACAGGUCGAAGUAGAACAUUGCGAACCGAUGAUUAUUGCACAAGCAUUGAUGUCACAAGUCGGUGGUAUCAACACGACCCUUUCAUCUUGCCUAGCCAGGCUAAGCAAGUCUUUUACCUAAAUGAUACCAAAUGGGGACAACCUUGGCAAGUCGUUCAACGAGUGCAACAUAGGGGUGUCUUUGAUGUACCAGAGGUAGGUGAUGGAGAAUCAUUACAUGAACCAGAAGAAAACGAUGUGUUCCAACAAGAAAAUAUUACCGAUGUUGUUCCAAUUGACAUCGGCCCUAAUGUUCAAUGUUAUAGAGAUGGUGUUGAAGCAGAAGUUGUUACAAGGGUUAGGUCAUCUGAUGAAACAAUGAUACAGAAAAGAGCUGACAAACAAAAUGAAGAGUGUGACGAACCUGAUGUGGAUUACGAUAUGGAUCUUGAUGUAGACUAG